CCACUGCCAUCCUAGCAUUAGCAUAUUCUCCGCUGUGGGGGCUACACUUGGUGUGUGAGUGUGUGUACCUUCGCUUACUGCCGGUCUUAUUAUGCAGGGACUGGGGAAGACAGAGAGAGGGGAGCAGGGCCGAGACAUCGACCUGACAUCGCUGAGAUCCACCAUGCCAGCCAGCGGCCCUCUGCAGGGAGGUUCAGCCUCCAAUCUGAACAUGAACCUUUAUGCCACUAAGAAGACUGCAGCAGAGGGCAUGUUGGACAUCGCUCUGUUCCUGGCCAACGUCACACACAUGAAGACUGUCAUUGAACAGGGAGCUGGAUUCAGGUAUUACAUCGCCGUCCUGACCCUCAUCUCCUUCUCCUUGGCUCUCCAGAUAGUGGCCGGAGUCCUCAUCAUCAUCAUCGGCCGUCGGGACCUGAAUAACUCCACCCUGCAGAGGCGUCUGGACUACCUGAACAACGUGACGACCAUCAUAGUCUUCAUCACCACCGUCCUCAACUUCUUCAUCAGCACCUUCGGCAUGCAGCGCACCGGGUACUUCCCCUGGCUUAUGAUGCGCAUUCACUGAUGCACACACACACACACACACACAUACACACACACACACACACACACACACACACACACACACACAGACAUGUCAUACAGAUACACAAAUCAGCUCAUCAGUCUUUUUAACACAAUUUUUGCAUUAAAAAUAUAUUUUUUUCCUUCUGGGGUGCAUUCUGAAUAUUAACAAUUACCAUUCCUUCUUACAAUACAUAUACUUUAAUUGUGUCAUUCUUGUUAAAUUCUCUCUUUGUUUUAUAAACUUUAUUUUUUUCUGUAAUAAUAAUUUUCUGUAAUACGAUUAUUUCAUGUGAUUUGAUCUCUUUUUACUGUAAAGUGUCUUUGAGUGCUGAGAAAAGCUCAAUACAAAUAAAAUUUUUAUUAUUUAUUUAUAGGACUAGUGUCUAAAAAUCUGAUGCUAACCCUACCCGAUACUAUUUCAAUAGAGCCCCCAUUCAAUUUACGGUCAAUGCAAAGACAGUAUUAAGUCUUAAAUUUGUAUAUUUUUAUCACAUUUUUUCAGUCACCAAAGUAACUAGCUGCUAACAAAUCAUCAUCAAGUUAUCAUCCUGUAAUCCACUGAACUGCUAUCUGUUAGAUUUUCUAAUUGCCUUUGGUUGUCUUUGACCCUAAAAUAUAAAUAAUGCAAGGUAACCUGUUCAUUCUCACUGACAACCUGUGAGGUCGAGAGUGUUAUUAUAAUUUAGGCUACAGCUGGGAUUAACAAUUCAAAAAGAUGUUUUCCCCGUAUUCUGAAAAAGAAUGUGCCAUUUUCAACACAUCCUGGGACACGAUAAGUUCACAUGACACAUUCUUAUAAAGAGUAAUUUAUCAAAACUGUCAUGUUACCUGUAAUGUUUUCAGUAAAAACAGCAGUUUAUGUUUGUAUUAUAUUAAUUUAUGGUAUUUGUUGUAUGUUUUUGUCCAAAGUGUUGGACACUCUGAGCCUGGUACUGUUGAGCUACACAGGACUUGCCCCUCACCAUAACAUUUCCAAAUUUAAAUCACUGUAAUAAAACCUGUUUACAACA